AUGGGCUUCCUCCGCCUAGCGCUCUCUUCACAUCCGCCAGAAUCGCUUCCACUCCCUGCCGGAUUCAGUCUACUGUGCGAUAUAACUCACCGUCCAGUUCACCCGAGUCCGGUUGUUAUGGCCACCGGUGGUCAUUUGCGUCCAAACGGACCGGUUUCGGGCGACUCAGAUCAAUCUUCUGCCGCCUGUAGCAGCGCAUCUCUAUUAUCCAAUGCAACCAGUCUGAGUCUUUCCCAUUUGGCCAGUCGUCUUUUGCCUUUGUUGGCACAUAAUCGUCACGUUUUCGGCCCGUGGUACGCCGAGAUUAUCCAGAAUCUGUUGACUCCCCAAAAACCGGUUGGGGCAGACGACACCUCCGGUUUGAGUGCACCAGCCGAAUCGAAGUCGGCCGACACCGGGGAGGAGACCGCGUUCGAAAUGAAUACAUAA